AUGUCUCACCAACUCACAGAUGUGGAAAUGCUCAGAUUGAGUUAUAAUGAUAUUCACACCGCUAUUCAGAAAGCUGCGACUAAGAUCAAAGAGGAAUUCGCUCCUACCCUAUUUAUCGCCAUUGGAGGAGGAGGAUUCAUCCCAGCACGAAUACUGAGAACCCAAUUGAAGGCAGAUCAAGAUGGUAAAAAGAAGAAUAUCCCUAUUCAGGCUGUUGGUUUGGUCUUAUACGAGGAUAUGGGCGGUGUCGAAGAGAAAGUCGGUACUGAAGUAGUUAGAACUCAAUGGCUUGAUUUCUCGACGCUCGGUUCAAACUUCACUCACGGCGGACUACUCGGACGACACAUCUUGGUAGUUGACGAGGUGGAUGAUACUCGAACCACCCUUACGUAUACCAUCAGGGAAUUGCAAAUAGAUAUCAACAAGCAGUUAGCAGCCGUGGAGGAUGAGCAGGAACGAGAGAGGUUGAGGAAAGAGACUAAAUUAGGUAUCUUUGUGGUUCACAACAAACUUAAACCCAAAGCUGCCGAACUCCCCUCCGACGUAGCUUACUUCUCAGCUGUCGAUACCCCGGAUAUAUGGCUCGCUUACCCUUGGGAGUGCGACGGUGAUAUCGAUGCCCAUGACGCGUUGAGGGUACAUAACCCUAAACCUUAG